AUGUCUCCCCUCACUUUUGUUUUCGUCUGCAUCCAAGUUCUCUUGGUUCAGAAUGCUUAUAGCGCUUGUCUUGGCGCAGCGCCAGUACUAGGCCGUGGAUGCGGUUGUGGGGCUGGUCUUGGUCUGGGGUAUGGCGGUCUCGGUUAUGCUGGUCUCGGCUACGGCGGUCUUGGCUACGGCGGUCUUGGCUAUGGCGGUCUCGGGUACGGUGGUCUCGGUUGUGGUGAAGCAUAUGGUGGAGAGGGUGUAGGUAAUGUGGGUGUGGCUGGUGAUAUGAUGGUCGCUGGUACCACCGAGGUUGCUGGUCAAGUGCCGAUCGUCGGUGCUGUUGAGUUCGGUGGUCGUGUACCAGCCGGUGGUACUGUUACCAUCACCGGAAGGUGUGCCGGAGGUUGCGGAUGUGGUUACCGUUACUGA